AUGGAACUGUUCACAAAAUCGGAUCACAAAUCGGGGAUUGUUUUUUAUCAGCUUUCGCACGAAGCUGCGUGGAUUGUCAGUGAAGACUGUUCAGAAACGGCAUUUCGUGUCAUCUGUUUUCCUCUUGCAGGUGUAAAGUGGAAUGAAAUCCAGUCACAUGACUUUGUUCCUCCUACUACAACGAUGGCGCCAGAUACUGAUGAAUCGACGCCAUUGGGGCAACUCAACGACAACGGUAAUAGCGCCACCACCACCUACAUUAAUAAUAACGGCUGCAGUCAGUUAUUGGGAUUUAUUCAAACUGACAUGGUUUUCGGCGGUGAAGCAUUUGUGUUGUCAUCUGCUGUCACCGUUGAUGACGUUAGGAUUGUUGUCUCUGAGGUGUACAAGCUUUUCGGACUCACAAUGCACACAUGGUUGGGAAAGUUGUAUUACGCGGUUAAUCAGUUGCUACGUUCUCUAUAUUACAGUGCUUCUCCGUUACCUACCCUCAUUUAUCUUGAGCACUCUGAGGAAAGUAUGAGCCCGUUGGCAGACAGCAUACAAUAUAAAUGUAAGCGCGCCAGGAACUCAUUGAAAAUACUGCUUGUCAUCUUUGUGGUGGCGGCAGCGGAAAAAUUCAAACAACUUGCCCCAAAAGCAAAGGCGGGAGUGAAAUAUGUCAAGCUAGUAUGGUGCGACCAAAUGUUGGCCAUGGAUGCCUAA